AUGUCCGGUCAUGUCAAUUCUGGCGUUAAUGUUGAAUCUCUGAGGCAAAUUGUUGACCUUGACAUCUUAUCCGAACAACUGCUCCGGAGUGUGGGGACCUCCCCGCAUGUCAAUUCGCCGACGUCUGGAAUUUAUGCAGCCUCGGUUGAACUUCCAGAUAUCUUUGUGUCGACCUUACUUUUGUACCACACGGCAUUCAACGAUUUUGCAAAGUUUUGGCAUUGCUCAUUUUCAAUCCAAACACUCGAGAAGAGUACUGGCGAUAUACCUCCCAACAAAAUGGCAUCUACAGAACAGGCCGCCGAGACCGCGGACAAACGCGAUGAGCGGGAGACAACUCCUAGAGCAGAAGAACCAGUGGUGAGCGCGACACCGAACAUGGUGACUGACGAUGAAGAUUCCGAGUGGGAGGAUCUGGAUGAGGUACUGGACGAUUUCAGCGGCCCGCAACAAUCAACGAAGUCUACCACUUCCUCGAAACAACCAGACACUCAAAACAAUGCCACCGAAGAAGCAUUCAUCAAACAAUUAGAGGCGGAUAUGUUGGCCCAGCUAAUGGGGGGUAAAGCCAGUGGCAAGGACAAAGCACCAGCACCAGCGCCAGCACCACCUCCAAAAACAAAUACCGAAGAACCUAGCCUAUCAAACCUGAUCAAAAUGUUCCAGGACAUGUCAGAGGAAGACGCUGUAAAAUUCGAGGAAGAAUUAAAGAAAGAUGGCGGAAUGCAGAAUCUCUUCAAAAAUCUGGCUGAUUCAGAAGGGACUGGAGCAGGUAGCUCAACCUCUGCAUCGGCAGGAGUUGCAGGAGAAUCGUUCCCAGACACCAUUCAAAAGACGCUCGAGCGCAUGCAAGAAUCCGGCGAGAAAAUCACGAUAGAGGCCAAAACAAGCCAGGACAAAUUAAUCGAUGCAUCGAUAUCACGAUUGAUGGAAAUGGCCGGCGAGGCAGCAGGAGACGGUGGCAAUCUCGACCUUGAGCAAGUAUUUAGUGAUGUGAUCAAGGAAAUGUCGAAUAAAGAGAUGUUAUACGAGCCUAUGAAGGAUUACGAUACUAAAUAUGGACCUUGGUUGGAGGAAAAUAGGGCCACGCUCUCUGCAGGGGAUUAUGCAAACUACGAGAAACAGGCUGGAGUUAUAAAGAAGAUUGUGGAGACUUUCGAGUCGAAGGACUACUCGGAUGAUAAACCAGAAUGUCUGGCUUCGAUCUGGGAUCUUAUGCAACAGAUGGAAGCUUGUGGCGCCCCUCCAUCAGAUCUCAUUAAAGGUUCCAUGGGAGAAGGCAUCCUGCCCAGCCUUGUCCCCUUCAUGGAUGCUAUACCGGCCAGCGGCAACUUGGAAGACAUCGAUCCCGGCCAGGUGCCUCCAGAAUGCAACCAGCAAUGA